CAAAAACAAGAAGGCCAUUCAUGAGGCUUACGAUCAUCAGAUUCAAUACUGAGGUUUAACUCCCCAAAAGAGACUACCGGAGAGAGAUGCAGCAGAGAAAUUCCGGCAACCGGCGGCCAUCGGGAACCGAUGGCUCUGAUUUCUCAUACAGAAUGGUUGUCGAUAAUAGAUAUACGAAGGUAGCCAAGGGGAAAUCCGCUCUCUCCAAAGUUCUCGUGAUUCAGGCAGUGGUACUGUUGGCAGGAGUACUUGAUAUAUUUUUUACACUAUUAAAGAAGGAGCCCCUUGAAACGUUAGCUGCUGCUUCUAGUUCUAUAACAUUCAUAUCAAUCAUACUCGGAGAAUUGGGUAACCACUAUUAUUUUAGUGCUCUAAAGAAAACUUUAUGUUUGUUGCAUGAACUCCCUCAUUGUUAUUGUUCUAUUAUUGUAGGUCGAAAGCGUAGCAGGGCGAACUUUUUGAAGUUCUAUAUGGUUGGAUCAUCCAUAGGAAUACUUGUGUUAAUUGCUUCUGUCAUCCAAAGCAAUAUCCAACCAAAGGUUGUCCAUGAUCUGAGUAGCUGGGAAACACAGAAAUUUUCUCUAUUGAAGAUUGCUUUUGUUUCUGCAGGACUGUUUGUACAAAUAUUUUCUGUCACUACAACAGCAUCUCUCAUUGGAAAUAUGUCUCCUCCAAGAAGAGCUUCUUGACUUAUUGAAAUCAUCAGUACUACUUGUCAUCUCUCUCUCUCUCUUACUAGAGAAGCAUUUUUCGUAUUGCCUCAAUUUCGUUCUUUUUCUUCUGUAUUGUAAUACCCAUGAUAACUUCCUACAAUCAUGAAAAAUGAUUGUAUAGCUUCAGGAGUAUCUUUUUGGUAUAUUGCUGAACACAUAGUUGUUGUGAGAUAUGGUAUAAUUUUGAUCUUUGGAUGGCCUCUCA